GACCACUAAAAAUUUGUCGAAACUAAUCAGAGGUUCAAGUUCGCCCAUCCAUUGACUUCGCGCUAAAAAAAAGCGAACACAUUGAACAAAAUUGCAAAAUCCCCUCUUCUUCCCAAAUCAAUUCUCCUCUUUCGAAAUUCCAAUUCCAAACGAAACCGAAACUACCAACGCCGUUCAGAUACGCGCUUUCACGCGCCGCCGGAUGGAACCGCCGAAGCCCGGAACGCAACACGAAUCUCACGUUCCCAUCGGAGACUCCGCCGCUGAAGCCGCAGCGAACGGAUCGGGAUCGGAAUCGCAGGGCCCGAAAGAACGUAGCGCGCCGUCGCCCGGUAGCGCUAAGAAGUCGGUGCAUUGGAGCCCCGAUUUGGUCACGGAAUCCACGUUCACAGCUUCCCCUGAAGCAUCGCGUUCCAAUUCAUACUUUUCUUUUCCUUCUUCUUCUUCCUCUCAAUCCCCAUCCUCGUUCAAUGUCAUGGAGACGGUGGUGACUGUUCGUAAUGUGCUUGGAAGAUGGGGUAGGAAGGUCGGAGACGCAAGUCGGAAGGCUGAGAGUCUCGCUGGAAACACAUGGCAGCACUUGAAAACAAGCCCUAGCUUUGCUGAAGCUGCUAUGGGAAGAAUUGCCCAGGGAACCAAGGUACUGGCGGAAGGUGGAUAUGAGAAGAUUUUCCUGAGUACAUUUGAAACUGUUCCAGAGGAACGGCUUCAGAAUUCUUAUGCAUGUUAUCUAUCCACAUCAGCUGGUCCAGUGAUGGGGGUUUUGUAUGUAUCCACGGCCAAGAUUGCAUAUUCUAGUGACAAUCCUAUCUCCUAUAAAUCUGAAAACAAAACUGAAUGGAGCUAUUAUAAGGUAGUCAUUCCAUUACAUGAGCUAAAAGCAGUGAAUCCUUCAGCGAACACAGCCAAUCCUGCUGAAAAGUACAUUCAGGUGAUCUCGACCGACAAUCAUGAAUUUUGGUUUAUGGGUUUCUUGAACUAUGAAGGUGCACAGGAAUGCCUGGAAGAAGCUCUGAAAGCGGGCAAAUUAUCACUAUCAGAAGCAUAGUCUGUUUAUACAUUAGUUUCAAACCCCUAUAUGUGUCAUGCCUUUUACGGAAGUUUAGUUUUGGUCAUUAUGUUCUUGGAACUGUUUAUAGAAUGCCCCACUAUUUUCGGCAAUUUUUGUGGAUAUGAAUUUGCCUUAGGUUUUACACGUUAGAUCAUUUUGAGGGGAUGAAAGCGGGCAAAUUUCUGUUUAUACAUUAGUUUCAAACCCCUAUAUGUAUCCUCGCAUUCAAGUAGAGUCACUUCGAUAGCAUUAGUGUAAAACCGCAUCUGCUCUCCAGUCCUUAAAGUAUCCAAAACAAUGGUUUUUGCAAAA